GUGGGACUUAGUCUGUUACACAACUGCUUCCCGUCUCCAUUCUGGUUACAUCUCCUUGCCGGCAUUUUCUCCUAAAAAAUUCUUACUUUGUUUUAAAAAUAAGGAACCAAGAAAUGAGUGGGGACCAUGCCCACAACGAUUCCCAGAUCGAGUCUGGAUCUCGGGUUAAUGAUUCUCACAAACACAAAGACAAACACAAGGACAAAGAAUACCGGCACAAAGACCACAAAAAAGAGAAGGAGAGGGAGAAAUCAAAGUACAGCAACAGCGAACACAAGGACUUGUUGGAAAAGAAGCACAGAGACAAGGAGAAGGUGAGGCAGAAAGAUGGCGCGGACAGACAUAAAGACAAAGAGAAGAGGAAAGAAGAGAAGAUGCGGUCCUUUGAUGGAAAACCCAAGAAAGAAAAGGAGAACGGCUUUGCCAGUCCCCCCCGCGUCAAAUCCGAACCAGACAACGAUGGCUUCUACCACUCCCCAAAACACGAAAGGUCGCUGAAGCGGGAACGGGAUGACGACGAUUCUGAAUUCAUGCCCAAAAAAAUUAAAAUAGAAAAUGACAAGAAGGUAAAGAAGAGGAAACCGGAGGAAGAGGAGGACAUCAAACCCAAGAAGAAAAGGAAAGAUAAGAAAGGUGACGUGGCAGACGGAAAGAAAAAAGCCAAGAAGGAGCCAGAGGAAAAGUGGAAAUGGUGGGAGGAAGAGCGGGCCACUGAUGGCUCAAAAUGGAGGUUCUUGGAACAUAAAGGUCCUGUCUUUGCCCCACCUUAUGAACCCCUGUCAAGCAAAGUCAAAUUUUACUAUGACGGAAAACCCUUCAAACUGAGUGAGAAGGCAGAGGAAGUAGCCACCUUCUUUGCCAAAAUGUUGGACCACGAGUACACCACUAAGGACAUCUUCCGCAAAAACUUCUUCAAGGACUGGAGGAAGGAAAUGACAUCGGAGGAAAAGGGAAAACUUACAGACCUCAAUAAGUGUGAUUUCAGUGAGUUGAACGAGUACUUCAAAGCCCAGUCAGAGGCCAGGAAGCAGAUGUCCAAAGAAGAGAAACUGAAAAUCAAGGAGGAGAACGAGCGCCUCCUGCAGGAGUAUGGCUUCUGUUUGAUGGACAACCACAAGGAGCGCAUCGCCAACUUCCGCAUCGAGCCGCCAGGCCUGUUCCGCGGCCGAGGGGACCACCCUAAAAUGGGCAUGCUGAAACGGCGCAUCCGGCCUGAGGACAUCAUCAUCAACUGCAGCAAGGACUCCAAACACCCCAAGCCACCGCCAGGUACAAAGUGGAAAGAGGUUCGCCAUGACAACAAGGUGACAUGGCUGGUGUCCUGGACAGAAAACAUCCAGGGAUCAAUCAAGUACAUCAUGCUCAACCCCAGCUCCCGCAUCAAGGGAGAGAAGGACUGGCAGAAGUAUGAGACUGCGCGGAGGCUGAAGAAGUGCGUGGGCCGCAUCCGGGCGCAGUAUCGGGAGGAUUGGAAGUCCAAAGAGAUGCGAAUCAGGCAGAGGUCCGUUGCUCUGUACUUCAUCGACAAGCUGGCACUAAGAGCGGGAAACGAGAAGGAGGAGGGCGAGACCGCGGACACGGUGGGCUGCUGCUCCCUGCGUGUGGAGCACAUCAAACUCUCGCCCGAGAAGGACGGCCAGGAGUUCGUGGUGGAGUUUGAUUUCCUGGGAAAGGACUCCAUCCGCUACUACAACAAGGUGCCAGUGGAGAAGAGGGUCUUUAAAAACCUCCAGCUGUUCAUGGAGAACAAGCAACCGGAAGAUGACCUGUUUGACCGUCUCAACACCUCCAUUUUGAACAAGCACCUCCAGGAGUUGAUGGACGGACUGACGGCCAAAGUGUUCCGUACCUACAACGCCUCCAUCACCCUGCAGCAGCAGCUGAAGGAGCUAACCACCCCGGAAGAGAACAUCCCGGCGAAGAUCCUGUCCUAUAACCGGGCCAACCGCGCCGUGGCCAUCCUGUGCAACCACCAGAGAGCCCCACCCAAGACCUUCGAGAAGUCCAUGCAGAACUUGCAGACUAAGAUCGAUGCCAAGAAGGAUCAGCUAUUUGAUGCCAAGCGGGAGCUGAAGAGUGCCAAGGCGGACGCCAAAGUACGGAGAGACGAGAAGUCCAAAAAAGCGGUAGAGGCUAAGAAGAAGGCUGUGCAGAGGAUAGAAGAGCAGCUGAUGAAGCUGGAGGUGCAAGCAACUGAUCGUGAGGAGAACAAGCAGAUUGCCCUGGGCACCUCCAAACUCAACUACCUGGAUCCCCGAAUCUCCGUGACCUGGUGUAAAAAGUGGAGUGUUCCCAUCGAGAAAAUCUACAACAAGACACAGAGGGAGAAGUUUGCCUGGGCCAUUGACAUGGCAGAUGACGAUUAUGAGUUUUAAAACCCAUUUGCGAUUUUAAAAAUAUUUUCCAUUUUUAUUUUAUUUUUUGCGCAUAACUGAUUCCAGUGGUGAGUGAGCCUGAAGACGGACAGAGAUGGAGGAGUAAAAAGGGGUUUACAAAACAAAGGAGAGCGGUUACCGUUUCAAUGUUCAGCGGUCUCUGUCCCCCCCAAUAUUGUGACUGACCCCUUUGGGACCUGAUGAUGUCCCUGCCACCUUUGAACUCUGUGGUCCUGUAGCUACUGUAGUCAACAAAACUGCUUUUAUUUUUUAAUUGUUUUAUGAUUUUAUUCUCUUGGUCCAUUUUUAGCCCUUCCAGUUACUGAAUUCUAUAUUUUAAUAGAAAAGUGGUAAAUUAAUGAUGUCCUUACAAUACACCCACGCCUUGUAAGAGAGCGAGGUUCCAGCCCACUCCGUGGUGAACUGACCGCAAAAGCUGUGUAUGGCCGAGCGUGUGAUGUGUUUUAAAAAAAUGAAAUAAAAGGUAAGAAAUGUUCAUUUUAUCUUUUGAAUUGUGUGGAGUUCAGUCCAUGAGAUGAAUGAGGAUGCUGGGACGUAGGAGAUGGUAAAACCAUAUUUAUAUUACUCUUGGCAGAAAGAAUGUGAAUUUUCAUUUUCAGUUUCUAUCAGGGACUUUUUUUUUUUUUUUCCUUCAGUGUAAAUGUGAACCAAUAUUUGUACUUUGUGUACCCCAAAUCCUGUGAUCGUCUUUCUGCACACUUCUUAGUCUCCAUUCAGUUUUAACCCCAUUAUUUUGAAUGGCUUUUUCAAGAGGAAGAAACUCAUAUCUUCAUAUCUGUUACUUGAAGAAAUUGCUAUUUUAAUGUACUGUUGUUGGGUAGGAGUGAAUAAACCUUUUUUUUCUUUUUUUUUUUUCUUAUAAAAGGUCAGAAAAUUUGUUGGAGGGAUAUCAACAUUUGCCAAAAAAUGAAAUAAUUAAAAUGUUACCAUUUUAGGGCUUUUUUUGUAAUUAAAGAGUGAGGGAAGUAUAACAUUUUAUUUUUUCUCCACUUACCAUCACCCCUCUUUAUUUUUUAUUUUUGAGGAUUCCUUUCAUUGACCAUACUUUUACCAGUUUAUCAACCUCUCCUGCCAUAGCUUCCAAUAUUUUAAUUUCUUCUUUUUUUUUUUUUUCUUUUAUUGCUCCUUGUAGGUUAUUUAAGAAUAAAACCCUACAAAUUCUGA